GCCGGGAGGAGGCUCAGCCGCUGGGAGAUGCUCUAGGAGGCCGCGGUGAGGACACGGCUGGCGUGGCCCGGCUGGAGCAGAGGGCACAGAGGGAAGAUGGGCUCCUGUGGAAGGGGACUCAUGCUGGCGUGCUGCUUGCUGCUGGCCUUUGCCUGUGGCCCAGUCCUGAGCCGUGUGCCACGUGGCCAGCAGGAACAGCAGGAGCAGGAGGGGACCUUGGAGCCACCGCCACCACUGGACCAUGCUGAGAGGGAUGAAGAAAAAAAUGAAAAAUAUAGCCGCAGCCAGGGCGAGGGGCUCCCUGCUUCCCAGUGUUUUCGCUGUUGCGACCCCACUACCCCCAUGUACCAGGCGAUCCCAGCGCCCCAGAUCAACAUCACGAUCUUGAAAGGUGAGAAAGGUGACCGUGGAGAUCGAGGCCUCCAAGGGAAAUAUGGCAAAACAGGCUCAGUGGGCGCCAGGGGCCACAGUGGACCCAAAGGAGAGAAAGGAUCCAUGGGGGCUCCCGGGGACCGGUGCAAGAACCACUACGCGGCCUUCUCGGUGGGCCGGAAGAAGCCCCUGCACAGCAACGACUACUACCAGACGGUGAUCUUCGACACGGAGUUCGUGAACCUCUACAGCCACUUCAACAUGUUCACGGGCAAGUUCUACUGCUAUGUGCCCGGCAUCUACUUCUUCAGCCUCAACGUGCACACCUGGAACCAGAAGGAGACGUACCUGCACAUCAUGAAGAACGGAGAGGAGGCGGUGAUCCUGUACGCCCAGGUGAGCGACCGCAGCAUCAUGCAGAGCCAGAGCCUGAUGCUGGAGCUGCGGGAGCAGGACGAGGUGUGGGUGCGCCUCUUCAAGGGUGAGCGUGAGAACGCCAUCUUCAGUGACGAGUUCGACACCUACAUCACCUUCAGUGGCUACCUGGUCAAGCACGCUGCUGAGCCCUAGCUGGUCGCCACCCCUGUGCCGGCCAGAGGCUAAGCUCCUGUCCUCCCGCCCCCUGCGCACCCCUGCAGCGUGCAGACCCCGGUCUGGCACCAGCCUGACCCCGUCGCCUUUCCCC